GUGCCGGCCGCAUCGAGCCAGCCGCUGCCUGCUUGGCGCUCGCCCCGCGCCAGCCGCCGGUCGCCCCCGGGCGUCUUCCCAUCGACCGUCACCUCCUUCUAGCUCGCCUGCGGGAUCGAGGGCGGUUGGCCACGGCGAGCUUCCUAUGGACGCGCGGUCACAGCAAGCAAGGGGACGGCGAGGCUUGAGGGUAGGUGGUCACGGCGAGCUCGCGACGCUGCUAGACCACCUCUCGCGCGGCGGUAGCGGCAGCGUGUGUGGCAUCGGCGGCGAGCACCGGGCCAAAUGCUCCGCGGGCAGGCGGUGGCUGCGGUGCCGGGACUCACGACGGGAAGCUCGAGCACGAUCGGCAUUACCACGUUCUUUUGGAUGAUGUGUGAAAUUGAUAGCAUAAGAUGGUCUUGCAUCAAGAACAAGAUGGAAGAGAGCAUAAUAGCUCGAAUUUCAGUCACCUGGAGGGGCAGCCGGCUUGAUGUGGAUGCAGAUCCAAGCUGUACUGGGAUUGAGCUGAAUCCUCCACCUUCAGAAGCUCUGAAAAGAAUGCACAUGCUUGCAUGUGACCCUAGUAUAAUUGCGAUCAUGAACAAGCAUAAAUGGCGAGUUGGAAUCAUGACCGAAAUGGCUCCUGUCGGAUAUGUAGGCGUCAGUUGUUGAGUGGUCAUAUGUUGAGUGGUCGCAAAAUCUUUGAUUCUUAUGAAGAUGAAUUUGUUCUGGAGCCAGGGAUAGCUGCUGCUGGUCACAGCUUGGAGGAGAGUCAAGUUCGCUGGCUAGUGCUCGUGCAAUGUCAGGGGCUGCUGCUUAUCAACGUUUAUUGAAUGCAUCUGCAAAGGAGUAUCGUGUAUCAAGCACUGAACUUAAAUAUAGUCCAGCUGUUGUUCCUCAAGAUUUUGUUCAGGAAACUGUGAAGGUAGAGCUAGAUCCAGAUGAUGCUAUGCAUGUUGAUUUAGCAAUUGUGACAUCAGGGUCUCUGGGGGAGAGUUUAUUCGAAGGUAGGCUCAAUUAUGAUGACGUGGUAAAUAUUGGGGAGUAGUUUUUAGCGUUCUGCUGUGACCUCAUAUAUUUUUGGAGGAAAUUGUUUUUAGCA